AGUGGGUAGGUCCAGUGAGGACGAGGGUGAAAUUUGUAUCUCUGCCUGGGGCUGGGUGUUUACACCGCCAUGGACACGACCAGGUACAGCAAGUGGGGCGGCAGCUCCGAGGAGGUCCCUGGAGGGCACUGGAGACGCUGGAGCCGGAGACCCCUCUUCCUGGCCCUGGCUGUCCUCGUCGCCAUAGUCCUGUGGGCUGUGAUUCUGAGCAUCCUAUUGUCCAAGGCCUCCACGGAGCGCGCAGCGCUGCUCGGCGGCCAGGGCCUGCUGAGGACAAACGCCUCCAAGCAGACGACGAUGCUGAGUGCCCUGAAAGAGGAGGUCGGAGCCUGCCACAGCUGCUGCUCGGGGACACAGGCAAAGCUGCAGACCACGCGCGCGGAGCUUGGGGAGGCUCAGGCGAAGCUGAUGGAGCAGGAGAGCGCCCUGCGGGAACUGCGUGAGCGCGUGACCCAGGGCUUGGCCGAAGCCGGCAGGGACCGCGAGAAAGUCCGCACUGAGCUGUUCCGGGCGCUGGAGGCCGUGAGGUUCCAGAACAGCUCCUGCGAGCCGUGCCCCCAGUCGUGGCUGCCCUUCGAGGGGUCCUGCUACUUUUUCUCUGUGCCAAAGACCACCUGGGCCGCGGCGCAGAGUCACUGCGCGGAUGCCAGCGCGCACCUGGUGACCGUUGGGGACCUGGAUGAGCAGGGCUUCCUGACUCGGAACACGCGUGGCCGUGGUUACUGGCUGGGCCUGAGGGCUGUGCGCCAGCUGGGCAAGGUUCAGGGCUACCAGUGGGUAGACGGAGUCUCACCCACCUUCAGCAACUGGAAUCGGGGAGAGCCCAAUGACUCUCGAGGGCGCGAGGACUGUGUCAUGAUGCUGCGCACGGGGCUGUGGAACGACGCACCGUGUGACAGUGAGAAGGACGGCUGGAUCUGUGAGAAAAGGCGCAGCUGCUGACUCCGCCCAGUGACCCGGAGCCACGCCCAUUGCAGCACGUGGUAUCCCGGGGGCUGCUCACCUCGCUGGCUCCUGGAGCUGAUUGCCAAAGAGCUUUUUCCUUCCUCAUUUGCCAGUACUGAGUCCAAGAACCACUCAGCCCAACAAAGCCCUGUCCAGUUCAGUGCCUGGGCUCUGGGACCUCCGUGACAACCUCAUCCGAACUCCACAUACGCAGACCCAACCUAACCUCCAUUACCUCCAAAAUCCCUGCUCCUGGGUCCCGGUGAUGUGACUCCACUUCUCUCCCUAGCCAACGUUAGGUGACUGAGGGCUGGAGCUGUCCGGUUUUCUCGCAUUUUCCACCAAACUGGGAGCUGUUUCUGCAGCCUGAGGAAGCAUCAAUAAAUAUUUGAGAAAUUAAUCCAGG